AUGCAGUCGCGAGGCACUGCAAACGGAUGGAGCCACCGGUUAGACGAGCCAAAGAGCCGUGCAAGGGAUCGACUAUUGGCGCCAGAAGACCCGCUGGACAUUGAUCGGGCGGAUGCCAGCGCUGUCCUCCUCAUGGACAAGAGCCCCCAGUUGGCGCAAGCGGAGGAGGACUGGAGCGAUGAUGCCACCUGGACGGAGAGAUGGGACCGCGCCCAGAGCUCUGCGCGGCGCAGGGAAGGCGCCCUGCAAAGCUCCCUGGAGAGCUACAAUCUGGGCCUGCUCAACUCCGACUCCAGCGGGCCGUAUCCGGAUAGCACGCUCUACGAUGCGAGGAAGCCACUGAACGACACACAGGGCCCCUGCUUCUUGAGCUCCUUCUUCCGCGAGGAGGCGCCGGAGCCUGAGGGUCGCUUCGAGGGCAAUGGCGAGGCGCCCCGCUGGCGCCGGGCCAACCAAGCGGUGGAGGCGCUUCUCGCCUUCGGAGGCGAAGCGCCCAGCAGGCCACCUCCACCAUUGGCCACCUCCCCUACCGCGAGGGCCUCCCCGGUGCCGCAGCUGGUGCAGCGAGGCCAGGGCCAAGCCGCGGCCUUCGGCCAGGCGGGACCGACCCGCGCGGAACCUGUGACGCAGAUGUCACGACCCGAGCCGAUCGCGCGCCAAGAGCCGGUGGGAAGAUUGGCGGAGCCAGUCCAACAGCUGCAGGAUUGCCAUGCAUGUGGCAGCACUUAUUUGGGCGACGAGCUCUUUUGCCGACGAUGUGGGCAGCGCAGGAGCCCCACUAGGUUCCCGGAGGUGCGACGCGCAGAGCGGGAGGAGCCGGAGGUGAAGCGUGCAUCGCGGGAGGCGCGGCGCAUCGAGGCCUUCGCCGCCCUGGCGAAGGCGCCCAAGCCGCCCCCGCCGCUGAAGGACGCGCGGGCGCAGCGGCACAGCGGCUGCGGCGCCACGGUCGCUUUCGGUCGCGUGGAGGCCACGGAGGCGGAGCUGCGGAUGCCCAAGGCGCCGGAGCCCUGCGGGCCCUGCCUGGCGGUGCCCAGCCUGGAGCGCAGGACUUCGGAAGCGCUUCGAACGAGCGAGGCAACGAGAGAGCCGGGCUUUGAGCCGGCUUCGAAGAUUCAGCAGCGAUGA